CAUUUGCUUAUGUAAAAUCAUUGCCGGCCGCGUUGUCUUCAAUCCAAUGCAAGUGACCAUCAACGAACUUCAUUCCGAAAACCGAGUAACCAUCAUUGGGUGACGAGUCAAAUUUCAACUUGGAACUUGGAGCUAUACUUAAUUCAAUGUGUAAUCCUUGAACUCGCUCCAUACCACCAUGUCUUCCGACGAGAAUCCAGUAAGGAUUGGAUGGAAGAAAAAGAGACUAGGUAACGCUUGUGACGAAUGCAGAAAGAAGGUGACAGUGCGACUCGUAAUGGAAAACAGUGCACAAAUUGCGCUGCCUUUGCAAUAGAGUGCACGCACAGUGAACCUGUGAAAAAACGAGGGCCCAAGAGCGCCUAUGUAGAACAGCUUGAGAAACGUGUUAAAACAAUGGAGGAAAUGCUACGCAAGUUUGACGUCAAGGUCGAAGACCUGAAAGAUGGGCAACAACAGUCGUCCGCUCGCUCGAUCGGAAAUCAAGCUUCCACCUCAUCCGCGGCUCGGAGCAACUCCCCCAGUUACAAUGGAGUACCUUCGUCUAUUUCCUCCAACCCGGGCUAUCCCAGCCUUGCUACCGAAUCUCCACCUUCAGAUCGUCCCAAACAAGAGGAAGAAGAAGAAGACUUUGCCCAUGUGGCUCUCGCAGAUCAUCUCAGCAAGCUUUCCUUGAACACCGUGCAGCGACGUUUCUUUGGUCCAUCCAGUGCAUUUAUGAUCAUGAAAAGUGCGCACAGAGUCAAAGAGGAGACGCUAGGCCACCACACGCAUCCGUUCAAACGACCACAGUAUUGGGGAAUGCAAGCAUGGGAAACUGAGUCUUCAGAGCGCGAAAAGCCAGUGUAUAUCUUCCCCGAACCCGAUCUCAUGGUCUCGUUGAUUUCUCUCUAUUUUGCGGAAGUCAACAUAUUUCUUCCCAUUCUCCAUGCACCUAGUUUCAACCAAUGUGUGGCGCAAGGUCUUCACUUUCAUGAUCACGAUUUUGGGACCACGCUCCUCCUGGUUUGUGCAGUAGCAUCGCGCUAUUCUAACGAUCCUAGGGUGUUUGCCGAUCCUACAUCGCAACUUUCAUGCGGUUGGCGUUACUUCGAGCAGGUGCAAAUGAUGCGACGAUCCGUUAUUGAAGUUGCUACUGUCUAUGAACUUCAAUUUUAUUGCUUGGCAACAAUUUAUAUGUUUGGCACGUCGAGUCCGUCAUCUUCGUGGGUUCUCUGCGCCGCAGGUAUUAGGUUUGCUGAAGAAUUGGGUGUCCAUCGACGGCAACCGGAAGGCUACAAAUGGACUUCUCUAGACGAACAGAAGAGGCGCGCUUUUUGGGUUCUAGUCUCGUUAGAUAGGUUGACAAGCGGCUUUUUUGGUCGACCAUCUGCUAUUCGAGAUGAAGAUUUCGAUUGUGAUUUACCACUCGAAUGCGAUGACGAGUACUGGGAGAACCCUCAAUAUCCAGAAUCAUCUUUCAAGCAGCCUGCGGAUAAACCCUCCAUUAUUUCGUGCUUCAAUUCCCACUUGAGACUUUGCGAAAUACUUGCGUUUGCAUUGCGGACGUUGUACUCCACGAAGAAGUCCAAAUUAUUAUUAGGUCUAGUUGGGGAAGAAUGGGAACAGAAGAUUCUUCGGGAACUAGACUCUGCAUUGAAUAAGUGGUUCAUGACAGUACCGGAGCAUUUGCGAUGGAAUCCUAUGCAACCAAAUCCGGUCUUUUUCCGACAGUCUGUCUUUCUCUAUACGAUGUACUAUAAUGUACAAAUCCAGUCGCAUCGACCUUUCCUCCAGAAGGCCUCGCAAGCUUCCUUCCAUUCGCUUGCAAUAUGUACGAAUGCCGCAAGGUUCACCAUCCAUAUCUUGGAUGCGCAUGUCUCGCGUGGCAUCAUAGGAUUACCUCAAAUAUUAUAUGGGGCGUUUAUCUCAGCUAUGGUAAUUGUGCUGAAUCUAUGGGGAAGUAAACGUGCGGGCAUCAUGAUAGAUCAUGAGAGAGAGAUAGAGAAUGCAAGAAUAAUCAUGAACAUGCUCCAUGAUUGUGACCGGCGCUGGAAUAUUGCUGGGCGAUUUUGGGACAUGCUUUCUGAGCUUGUGAAUGACUUCAAUGUCAUUGAUCAUUACCGACCUUCAAACAAACGUGCUCGUAACGCCAACGAGCCUAUCAAUAAAUUGCCAUCGUCAGCUCAACAGGCUCAACAGGCUCAAGUGCCAUUCUCCCGAUCACAAACAACCACCUAUCAAUCUCAAUCUCAAUCUCAACCUGCCCAACCCUACCCCACACGUUCAACCCGGCUUGAUGAACAAGUUUCAGCUGAUCUACAGCUUGCAUCACAGUUGCUCUACGGUUGGAGAUCGACUGGUGAGAGUCCGCCAGCCUGGACAAACCAGCAAACCGCGGAAUCACUGUCUACUAUCGAUAAGAAGACGGUAACAUAUCUUGAACAGAUUUUCGGUAGGAUCGAUAAUUUCCACAACGAUCCUGGAGUCGCGUAUAAAGAUGCGGAUCAGGGUAUAUAUCAAGAUCCCAAUCAGGAUUACUAUUCUUCCCAACUCCAGCCUGGGUAUCAGGGAGAAGCUCUAGCCAUGAGCGGAGUCAAUCAUGCUGCAGAUUUUGAGUCAUCCACUGCAAGUGGCUUUGACUUUGACGCCUGGAGUCACUACGUUGAAAGUAUGGGUCUUUCGACCAUUGCAGUUGGGGCGUCCUAUCAAUGAAGCAAUUAGUUGUCGACGUCAUUAUACCGUAGAUUUUUGUGUAUCAUUCGGGAGCUGUAUUCUUAUGCCUCACUUUAUUUAUACUCAGCAUACUAAGCAUACUUAUCUGUCAAUUUAUCUAUCUAAUUCCCAGACGUACGACGGGUAUGUGCUAACUCCUAGGGAUAUACGAAUGUAUAUAUAUCUUGUGAUUUUCCCCGGUAAUGUAUUUUGAGAUAUUGAUCAAUGAC